CACAUCCGUCCUCCUCUCUCGCUUCCAUCUUGCUCUCCGCGUGUGUUUGCUGCUAGCGUGCAGGUCAGUGAGGAGCUCUAAAAUACUCUAUUUCCUGCACAACCACUGCUGGUUCCGAGGCUCAAGAUGAAAGAAACAAUAAUGAACCAGGAGAAAUUAGCCAAGUUGCAAGCACAGGUUCGCAUCGGUGGAAAGGGUACCGCCCGCAGAAAGAAGAAGGUGGUCCACAGAACAGCAACUGCAGAUGACAAGAAGCUCCAGUUCUCCCUGAAAAAGCUGGGAGUAAACAACAUCUCUGGAAUUGAGGAGGUGAAUAUGUUCACAAACCAGGGCACGGUAAUCCACUUCAACAAUCCCAAAGUGCAAGCCUCACUGGCAGCGAACACCUUCACCAUCACAGGCCACGCUGAGACCAAGCAGCUCACGGAGAUGCUGCCCUCUAUCCUCAAUCAGUUGGGCGCUGACAGCCUUACCAGUCUGCGCAGACUUGCAGAGGCCCUACCCAAACAAGAAGAAGGUCAUUCACAUCAUAGAUGGCAUGAGGCUGGUGAUGGAAAGGCACCCGUAGCUGGUGGAGAGGAAGAUGAUGAUGAUGUUCCAGAUCUUGUUGAGAAUUUCGAUGAGGCUUCAAAGAACGAGGCAAAUUAACUUGAUGGGAAAGGUGUUUGAAAUCUCCGGUCUCAGCGGAGACAUGUGGGACUUUUUUUUUUUUUUUUUGCAUCCCCAAAUCUCCUAUAUCUUGUGCACUGAUGUGACCCAUUUGUGUCCAUGCUGAGAGUAUGAGAUUGUUUGUACCACAUGGCUUCAUGCACAGUGUGUUUGUUUGCUUGUGCGGUCCAAGAGGCAUUUUUACCUCCACCUUCCCUGUUACUGAGGCUCACUUGUUUGCAGCCUAUCUGAAUCAACAUCUGGAAAUAAACAUUUGCUAUUGACAAAAGCUUAUUAAAUACA